AGCAUUAAAAUAAGUGUCGGGCAUCAUCCAUAGUAGAAAGCUAUUCGCCCUUUAAUUGAAGAACCACUGCUGUUCCUCAACCUUACAGUAGCUGUUGUUGAAAAAGAGCUUGUUUACAGGUCAAAAGAAAAAUAGUGCCCAGUAAAAUGGAUUUUAACUCAUGGAACAUCUUCUGGGGUAUAUGUUUUGGUGUAUUGGGGACUUUGAUCACUGCAGGAAAUAUUCUCACCAUCUGGAUAUUCUUCAAACAGAGACGCCAAAAACGCUCUUACUCUCUUCUCAUAAGCUUGGCAGUUGCUGAUUUGCUGGUGGGGAUUUUUGCUGUCCCUUUUUAUAUAAAAGCAGUUGUAUCACAGGGAUAUACAUGGUUCUUUGUUUCCAUCAGUGCUGACGUUUUCACUGGCAUAACGUCCAUCUACACUCUUGCGGUCAUUUCCUUGGAAAGAAUGUUCGCUGUCGGUUGGCCUCUUCGUCACAGAACUGUGAACUAUCGUGUUUACAUCUGCGCUAUUAGCAUACCGUGGAUCAUAGCGGCAAUAUUUACUACUUUAGUGGUGUUACGGGUGCUUAAUAUGAUAGGGAGGGAGUAUUUCUCUUAUUGUCUUGUUUUAAUUCCUGGAAUGCCUCUAAUAACUAUAUGUGUAGCAAACUUUGUUAUUUGGAAGAAGCAGAAAACGCCAUUUCGCGACCAGAAUCACAUCAAAAGAGAAGUGAAAUUGGCGAAGACACUAGCUCUCAUAACAGGAACAUCACUUUUUACUUGGCUUCCUUUUCAAAUUCUAAAUAUUUUGUUUGGAUUGAAAGUCUCGGAAAAUUUUCACCUUUUUCAAUUAACAAUAUUUGUUACCAAAAUUUUACAGUUUAGCAAUUCAUUUGUGAACGUGAUAAUUUAUCCGCUCAGAAUCCCAGAAUUUAAGCGCACUUUAUUCCAGAUACUUAAUUUCUGUGUAAUUCCCUUUAGAAGAUCCAGCACUAAGAUAUCUUCAUCAGCCGGGACCGGGUCAGUUGUGUCCUUGAUAACGUUUACAAAUUCGACAUUUUCACUAUCAAACGUUCACCAGGAAAGUUCGCUUUAG